CAACCCCACGGAAUGUCUGCGCGGGGCCGACCUGGGCAUGAAAGCCAGAGAACAGGCGAUCUCCCUAGAAACUACAACUUCCAUCAGGCACUACUUCAGCGGAACAGGAAAGGAGGCGGGGGCGUGGCCUGAAAGCCCCGGCAGCUCGGAAGACAAACUACAACCCCCAGGACAGCGCGAGAUCUCAGCGGGGCGGAGAGGGCCCGGGCUCCGGCGGGAGGCGGGGCGGGUCCGGAACCACCCCCGGGAGCCAGAAAGGGGCGUGACCGCAACUUGGGGGCGUGGCCUUGGGGCUACAGGAAGAAGUUACCUGUUGAAUCCUUCGGUCCGUUCCCUUCCCAGCCCUUGCAGCUAUCCCGAAGAGGGCAGCCGCAGACCACAAGCCUCUUCCGAAGAGGUAAGGGAAGGGAGACGAGGGGCGGCGGCGGAGACUGGCUCUCACGUCCCGUAGGAAGGGCCCAACAGCUACACCUGCUGAGUCAGGUGAGCCGCUCCUUGGAGGCGGGGACCAGCAUUUGAGUAAAAGGCGACGACGGAGGAAGCAUUUAUUUGUUCGUUUUCAAGACUCUAUUCACAGCCCUUCAGCUGCAGACCCACUGACGAACUGUGCCUGGGGCGCACUCGCGGCCUCGGGAAGAGAGGAACGCCGGCUAUCUUUUAGCAGCAGAGGAACGGCCGUCUAAACGUCUCUCCCCCCCACCCCGCCCCGUCCGUGGUUCCCCUAGCCCCCAAACGAUUGAAUCACAUGGCUUCCGCGGUCUGGGGCAGUGCGCCCUGGUGGGGGCCGCCACCCCCAGCCCCAGCCCGGCCGCUCACGGACAUAGACUUCUGCUCCGGGGCGCAGCUGCAGGAACUCACCCAGCUGAUCCAGGAGCUGGGUGUGCAGGAGAGCUGGAGUGACGCGCCCAAGCCGGGGCCAGACCUCCUCCGGGCCAAGGACUUUGUCUUCUCUUUGCUCGGUCUCGUACACCGUCGGGACCCGCGCUUUCCUCCCCAAGCAGAGCUCUUGCUGCUUCGUGGUGGGAUUCGCGAGGGCUCCCUGGAUCUGGGACUUGCACCCCUAGGCCCCUACAUCCGGGGGCCUCAUUACGAUGCCGGCUUUACACUACUAGUGCCCGUGUUUUCGCUAGACGGCACUGGGCAGGAGCUGCAACUGGACGCGGAGUCCUGUUUCGCGCGGCUACGCCUCCCAGAGCAGAUACGGGGAACCUCAGUCCGCGAGGCUUGGCAGGACUGCCUGGGACCCCCAGCCCCAGGAGGACGUGAUUCAGUCCACCGAACCCAAAGCGAAGAAAGUCCCAAGGACCGGCAAAGCCCGGUAGACCAGCCGCACGAUGGCACUGAGCCUGAGCCAACCGUGUCUUUGGAUCAAUCAUCUGGACCAGAGGGACAAGACGUAAUCGAUCUGGAGCUUUCCACCCCACUGAAAACCCUGAAUGGUGACCUCAGGAAAGCAGCGGUCGUCAGCCCCAUCCCCUGGCCCUCGGAGCGUUGGGAGGCGUGGCCCACACUCUGCCCCGCCCAGGUGGCUGCGUGGUUCUUCGCUUCACUGGCCGCGGUCGCAGAGUCCCUGUUCCCGGUCCCGGGGGCCCCACGUCUGGUCCACGCAGCGCGCCACGCGGGGUUCACCACCGUCCUCCUGGCGACGCCGGGGCCCCCGCGCCACCUCCUGCUCUUCGACCUAAUUCCCGUAGUGUCCGUGGCCGGCUGGCCCGAGGGAGCCCGGAGCCAUUCGUGGGCCGGGCCGCUGGCCUCCGAGUCGGCAUCCUUCUACCUGGUGCCAGGCGGCCACACCGAGCCGCCGGGCGCCUGCGGCUGGCAGCUCUGCUUCGCCCGCCAGGAGCUGGCGCUCAAGGCGCGCAUCCCCGCUCCGCUGCUGCAGGCGCACGCGGCGGCCCAGGCGCUGCUGCGCCCGCUGGUGGCCGGGACCCGGGCCGCGGCGCCCUACCUCCUGCGGACGCUGCUCUACUGGGCGUGCGAGCGGCUGCCCGCGCUCUAUCUCGCGCGGCCCGAGAACGCGGGCGCCUGCUGCCUCGGGCUGCUGGAUGAACUGGGCCGUGUGCUCGAGGCCGGGACACUGCCCCACUAUUUUCUGAGCGGCCGAAAGCUCCGCGCGGGGGACGGCGCUGCCGCGCUGCUCGGGGCGUUGGCCCGGCUCCGCGGGGACCCUGCCGGGGCCCUGCGCGCCGCGGUGGAGGAGGCUAAGGCUGCACGCAAGGGGGGCGGCUUGGCCGGCGUGGGAGGCGGGGCCCAUUAAAGACGCUGCUCCUA